CUUAUAAGGACCCAUAUUAUGUUAUCUGUGUUCUGUGCGUAUCGUGAAUUUCAUUUUUCAACAUAAUGGAAAAACUAAUAGAUGGUGGACACGUAUGUGCUGUAAAUAGUUGUAAAACUAACAGUUCAAAAUCCAAAAUAAGUUUUUUAAUGUUUCCGAAGGACCAAGAAUGGGAAGAACAUUCUCCACUAAGUUAAUAUCUGUUUUCAUAGAGCCUACCUAUUAUUUUUGUAAACAGCAACAUUGCUAUUGUAAAAAUACUCAACCCAUUAGCUCCCACGGUAUGUUUAAUCAUACGUUCAUUUGAGGUUAGGUUUUUGUCAACAAAGCUAAUUUGACUGUUUUGUGAAUCAUUGUAUUCAUUCAUUAUGAACAUAGUUGUAGGCUGAAAGUGUUGAAUGUAACUUUGUGGAAAUAUUUUGUAUCCACAGUAAGUUUCAUCUGAAGUGAUAUAUUUGUUUCAACAGAAAAUGAUUGGAAGGUCAAAACAGUUCUUCGACCCAUACGAUCCGUUGGAUGCUGAACAGCUCCUCAAUUAUUUGGAAGAACUUGACACUGAUAAUGAUGAGUAUCAGACUAUUCAGGAUUCAGAGUGCUUAGAUAUAUUACUUUUCCUCCAGAAGACCAACACGAUAGUGAUCAGGAAGACGCCCUAAGCGAUGAAGAAGGUCUACCUACUAUUCGUGAUAUUGUCAAGGGUAUCUUGAAGCAAAGUAUGGAAGUUUACAGAACUAUUCUUCAAUCUGACGUCAGAUAUCAUCUCAUACUGUCCAUACAGAAAAGGCUAAGCCUCGAGCAGUAACAAAGGUGUAAUAAAGAAGUUAAACCUAAACGUAAUUGGGAGCAUGUGACUUUAUACCAUUGUCCUGAUAAGCUUGGGAAUCUGAAAUAUGAAACUCCACGUUUUGCAGAAAAAUGCGCCAAGUAGACACCUGCCGAAUACUUCAAGUAUUUCUUCGACGAUACAUUUAUGUAUUUCAUCUGCCAAGAAUCAAAUAGAUACGCAUUGAAAAAGGGUUUUCAUAAUGUUUCCGUAACUGUGGAAGAAUUGUAUCAAUAUUUUGCAAUCGUUAUUUUACCUGGUUACGUUCCAGUUGCAUCCAGACGAAUGUUUUGGGAAACAAAGGCAGACACUUUCAACCCACUUGUCAGCAACACGAUGUCAAGAAACACAUUUGAAAGCAUCCAUAGGUUUUUGCACUUUUGUAAUAACGAUACCUUUGAUAAAAACGAUAACGUUGCAAAAAUGAGACAACUUAUUGACCAUCUGAAUCGAAUUUUUACUGAAUGCAUUCAGCCACUAGGAACACAUUUUUCAUUGGAAGAAGCAAUGGGGCUGUAUUACGGGAGACACAGCAUGAAACAGUUCAUACGCGGUAAACCGAUUCGUUUUGGUUUCAAAUUUUGGUGUCUGACCACUUCAGAUGGCUAUCUCAUCAAAUUUGAACCAUAUUUGGGUUCUGGUGAUAAACUGAAAGGAAAAACGUUAGGAAGCAGUGUUACUGAGAAAAUGUGUCUAAACUUCAUUCCCAGGAAAAGCAUCGUCUUCAUUGACAACUACUUCAAUUCUCUUCCUUUACUUGAAACGCUAAGUAAACAUGAACUGUAUGGUGUUGGAACAAUACGAUCCGACAGAGUAGAAGAAGCUCCCCUGAAAGAAUUGAAAAAGGAAAAACGUGGAUCUCAUUUCACUUUGUACGACAAGAAAGCUAAUAUAACACUUACACGUUGGCAUGACAACAGUCAAGUAAACGUGGCAACCAACCUGAAUGAUGAAAGCAUUUCGAAAACAAAAAGUUCGUGCACGCGUUGGUUCAAAAAAGAAAGAUCAAAGAUUGCGGUGGAGCAACCAUCAAUUAUAAAUUUUUACAAUAAUGAAAUGGGAGGAGUAGACCAAUUUGAUCAAAUGCGUGGCCUCUACAGGUCUAAAAUGAGGUCUAAAAAAUGGUACUGGUCCUUUUUUCGAUUUUGUUUGAAUGGUGCAGUAGUGAACAUGAGGUAUUUGUAUCGAAGAUGUUCGACGAACGGGGCGAUGCCACUGUUAUAGAUUCAUAAGAAUUGUUCUAUCCAUAUUAUCUUCCCCACCGACACGACCUUCCACACGACCCAAACCAAAAGUAUUGUCAAAGAUUCCUAACGAAAUUCGAUUGGAUGGCAAAAAUCAGUUGAUCGAAAAAAACGAAACUCAAAGGCGAUGCGCAAAAUGUGGAAAAUGUUGUAAAUUUGUAUGUCUGAAAUGCAAUGUCGGGCUUCACCCAGAUUCCAGCUUCCGUUCAUAUCAUGAGAAAUAACUUUCUCAUAUGUUUCAAUAAAUGGUUU